AUGGCUAGGUUAUUCCAAAAAUAGAAACUAAUAAUAAAAUACAGAAUCACUUUAACUGACCCUCCCAAAAACAACUUCGAAAUGAUUUACUUUAAUUCGAAGAAGAAGAAGAAGAUGAAUAAACUGUAAUAAUCAAACUCACUAGGACUUAUGAGAAAGCCUAAUUGA